AUGCAGGCAGUACCACCAUCAAAACAUAACGAGGAUCUUGAGAAACAUUUGACACCUCAUGAAUUCAAUGAAACACUGAGAAUAUUGUAUCCACAUAUUAGAGAAAGAGAAAAUGAUGUACGACUUCCCAGGAGAUGGGAUGCUACGCAGGCUUCUUCUUAUUUGGAAUUGCAUCCAAACGGGUUUUCUGUGAACUUUAAGAGAAAUGCCAGUAUCCAAGGGGAUAAAGAUCCAUCUGGAGUUGUUCGCGCUGAUUUUCAUAUUCCUGCAAGUGUUGGCACAUAUUAUUUCGAGGUCAGUAUUCUUCAUGGACAUCGCGGAUGUAUGGGUGUUGGACUGAGUAAACAAGGUGGAGAAUUGAAUCGAAUGCCCGGAUGGGAUCCUCAUUGUUAUGGAUAUCAUGGAGAUGAUGGCAACUUCUUCUCUGCUUGUGGACAUGGAACUGCUUAUGGACCGAAAUUUGGGACUGGUGAUGUGAUCGGAUGUGGAAUUGAUACCACUUUGAAUAUGGUGUUUUUCACUAAAAAUGGAAAACAUUUGGGAGUGGCACUCGAGUGUAAACCUGGAGAAUUAGAAGAUUUAUAUCCGACGGUUGGAUUGAAAACUCCCGGAGAAAGACUUGUUGCAAACUUUGGGCAAACUGAAUUCAUGUUUGACUUUGACGGAUACAGAGAUAUCUUGAAUAAUAAGAAGAUUCGAAUGUUAGAAGAUGUGAAAGUGCCUCCAAACUUUGGAAAUCAUAUGGACAGAGUAGUUGCCUCAUUUCUUGCACAUACUGGAGCAACGGAGACUUUAAAAAGUUUCUCCAAAGUUGCCAAGUUGGAUAGACCAAUUGAUCAUGAAUUUGUUAGAAAAAGAAAAGAGAAACUUCUGGAAUAUUUCCCCGGAUGUCUUCAGAAUCAAAACAGAGUUCAGCUUAUCUUCCUCUGUCUCCGAUACAUUGAUUUGGCCAACACGAUGCAAAAAGCACCUCCAAGUUUCCGUUCUUCAAUCGAUGAACACCAAAAUAGACCAAUUUCUCCAACUGAAAUUCGUGCGAAACCGCCGAAACUAUUGAAAGGAAAUCAUUGUAAAUCAACGAAAAGAACAAGAGAAUCACAGAAAAAACAGUCAAAUCCAAAAGUUCACACGCCGCCACCAGUUAGAAGAACUGAUGCAAAAGCAACUGAAGAUCUUUGUAUAAAAAAUUCAAACAUUGAUCGAUUCUACACAGAUGAGGAUACUGGAGAAGAGAUGAUUAGCAUUGAUGGACUCAAUAUAACCAAACGAAUGUACGUCGAAUUGUACACGUCUGAUGAAUACGGAAAAUUGUCAUACAUCAUAAAAUUAGGACGAGAAAUUAUGCGUCUUGCAGGAUCAGUUGAGAACCAAUUGACUAAAAAGGAUAGACAAAUUUUGGAAACUUCAAUGAUGAUGGUUUUGUGUCCGAAUCCACUGGAAAAAUAUCCAUUGAAAGCAUCAGAUAGAAGAUAUAUUUCAAAUGUGAUCAAGGAAACAAUCAAUAAUUAUGCACCGUCAACACCUUCGAAACCAUCAAAACCAGUUAAUGAAAAAGAAAAAGAGAAGAAGAAAGAUGGAAAAAAUAAGGAAAAGAAGGAAAAGGAAGUUGAGAAAGUUGAGAAAGUUGAAGAAAAGGAAACCCGAAAGAUCUACUCAGAGUUACGUGGAUUGUUCUUGGCUUGGAAAGGAAUUCAUUAUGAUUUAUCCUCGAGAGAUGGAGUGCCUGCUUCUAUUUAUUUCAUGAGAAAUAUGGUACUCGACGAGCUGAAAUUCCCGGAGAAGCCGAUCGAGUAUUCAGAUGAACCAAUGGAACAAGAAGCAUCUGAAGCACCAGAACGUACACCAGAGCCCGUAAGAGAAGUAGAUAAUGGAAUGGUUAUGGAAGAAGAUGAUGAUGAACUAGAUGAGGAGGAAGAAGAUGUUUGA